ACUUGACCUGACCAGUUUUCAACUGUGCAUUUACCUCUCGUUUGAAUCAAGAACAACAACAUUAAUCAGACAGAAUUAAAUUACGUGCCGAGUGUGUUCGAAGUGGAUCAGCUUUUGCCGUACUGAUCGAUUGCAUCUGUUGCAUUUUAAUUAUAGUUAGGUUUAAAGUGGUUUCAGAAUAAUAAAACUUUACUCUCGAAAACUACGUAUCGCGGAAGCUGAACAACCGAAAAUGUAUGCUAUCAGGAACAGCACCAGAUUAGGUACGCAGCUGUGGAAUCAUGGCAGAACGAUUGCCAGCCUUGCGGCCCUACCCGAAACACAUCAGAUGUUGCAGAAAACCUGUCGCGACUUUGCUGAUAGUGAGCUGGUCCCGAUCGCAGCGAAAAUUGAUCGCGAUCACCUCUACCCUGGCGAUCAGAUCCAGAAGAUGGGCGAGCUUGGCUUGAUGGCUGUGGCCAUCGAUGAAAAGUACGGUGGAACUGGAUUGGACUAUUUGGCAUAUUCUAUCGCCAUGGAGGAAAUAUCGCGAGGCUGUGCUUCGGCCGGCGUGAUCAUGUCGGUGAAUAACUCCCUCUACCUAGGUCCAAUCGAUCGGUACGGUAAUGAGGAACAAAAGCAAAAGUACGUAGCAGGAUACACUGAUGGUAAAACGGUUGGAUGUUUUGCUCUCUCUGAACCGGGCAACGGCUCCGAUGCAGGAGCUGCCUCCACAGUCGCCACUUUGAAAGGUGAUCGCUGGGUUCUGAACGGAAACAAAUGCUGGAUCACAAACGCCUACGAAGCGGAAAGCGCUGUCGUAUUUGCAACAACCGAUAAAGCGCUCAAACACAAAGGCAUCUCGGCAUUCAUUGUCCCCAAAAGCGCUAAAGGAUUUUCCCUUGGCAAAAAAGAAGAUAAACUUGGCAUCCGGGGAUCAUCCACCGCUCAGUUAAUAUUUGAAGACUGUGAAAUUCCGAAAGAAAAUCUCCUCGGUCAACCUGGGCUAGGAUUCAAAAUUGCCAUGCAAACUCUAGAUGCCGGACGUAUUGGAAUUGCGAGCCAAGCGUUGGGUAUCGCUCAGGCUUCAUUGGAAUGCGCAGUGGACUAUGCCAAUAAGCGUGUUGCAUUCGGUAAACCCAUCUCCAAGCUACAAGCUAUCCAAUCCAAAAUAGCUGACAUGGCAACGAACCUCGAAUCGGCCCGCUUGUUAACGUGGCGAGCGGCCUGGCUUAAGGACAAUAAGAAACCGUACACCAAAGAAGCUGCUCAAGCAAAACUGGCAGCAUCCGAGACGGCCACGUUUUGCGCUCACCAGUGCAUUCAGAUACUCGGUGGGAUGGGAUACGUUUCAGAUAUGCCGGCCGAGCGUCACUAUCGAGAUGCAAGGAUUACGGAAAUCUAUGAAGGCACCUCCGAGAUCCAACGUUUAGUUAUCGCUGGACAAAUCAUCAAAGAAUUGUCUUAAUAUUUCGUUAGAUUUUUUUUGUUUAAUUUUUAUAUUUUGUUUGUAUAAUAGGAUUUAAUAUGGUCAAGGUUAGCAUUGUAUACUCAAUUCUGAAAUAAAAAAAAAGUUCAAUUUGUA